AUGCUUGAGCCUGAGUUUAACAAUUUUGUUGGAACACAAUGGCAACUUCACUCUCAUAAGGAUUUACUCACUAAGCUUGGUACAAAUAAAGAGCUUUUACCUUUGAUUAAUAAGAAUUUUCCUGAAUUGGGUUUAAAGACUAGUGAUUGUCAUCAGUUACCUUGGGUUAGAUCAACUCUAAUUUGGAACGAUUUGCCAAUAGAAGCAAAUCUUAAAGCAUUGUUAGAUGAACCAAAAGCCAACCAAACCGUCUAUUUCAAAGGCCAAUCAGAUUUUGUGAAGAAACCAAUUCCAAAAGAAGGUAUUAAGGCCAUAUUUCAAAAGAUGAUUGAAGAUGAUAGUUUUUUUAUGUAUUGGACUCCUUAUGGUGGAAAAAUGAAUGAGAUAUCAACAUCAGCUACACCAUUUCCUCAAAGAAAAGGGACCUUGUUCAUGAUUCAGUAUACUAAUUAUUGGCUUGAAGAUACUCCUGGAACUAUUGAACGUCAAAUCAAUUUUUCCAGAUCUUUUAAUAAAUUUAUGACACCUUAUGUUUCAAAUUCUCCAAGGGCAUCAGCUUUGAAUUACAGAGAUGCUGAUAUUGGUGCUAAUCAUCCAAGUAAUGUCACCAAAAUGGAGAUUUCUAAAGUCUACGGAAUCAAGUAUUUUAAUGAUAAUUUUGGUAGAUUAGUUAAUGUGAAAACAAAGGUUGACCCUAGUAACUUUUUUAGAUAUGAACAGAGUAUACCUACAAAACUUAAAUAA